CUUCUCUCCACCACAACUUUUUGUAUACCUCCUGUGGAAACACAGGUUCCCUGCUCCAAAUUAUCUGGAUUUCUGUAUAACCCCUGGAGCUGUUUCUUCAGGGAAGUUCAUCUAACAGCCAUCAACCAUGAAGAUUCUUAGCUACCUCCUGGUUUACCGAAAGUUCCUGCUCAUUGUCCUCACCCCACUGCUUUUACUUCCACUUCCACUUAUCAUCAAAACCAAAGAAGCAGAAUGUGCAUACACGUUGUUUGUAGUUGCCAUCUAUUGGCUCACAGAAGCUUUGCCACUGGCUGUUUCAGCUUUGCUGCCUGCCUUUAUGUUCCCCUUGUUUGGUAUAAUGGCAUCCAAGCAGGUAGCAUCUGCUUAUUUUAAAGACUUUCAUCUGCUGCUGAUUGGAGUGAUUUGUUUGGCAACGUCAAUAGAAAAAUGGAAUCUUCACAAAAGAGUGGCUUUAAAAAUGGUGAUGCUGGUGGGUGUCAACCCUGCAUGGCUUACGCUGGGUUUCAUGGUUAGCUGUGCUUUCUUGUCAAUGUGGCUCAGCAACACCUCUGCCGCUGCCAUGGUGAUGCCAAUCGUAGAAGCCGUAGCUCAGCAGAUCAUCAGAGCUGAAGCAGAAGCUGAUGAGCUGGAGAUGUCCUGCUCUAAUGGCUCCAUCAACCCAGCCCUGGAGCUGGACGAAAAUAUAGGAGAACAUGAAAGCCCAGAUUGGAAAGAGAAAGAAAAACCAGUAAAUGGAUAUAACAACAAUGUGGGUAGUACUGUAUGCACAGUUGAAAAGGAAAAUGAAAAAGGAAAUGAACAGAACCUACCACCUGCUGAAGCAGAGAGAAAAAGCAGAAAGGACAAAUACAGUGGGAUUUUCAAAGUGAUGUGUUUAUGUGUGGCCUAUUCUGCUACCAUUGGAGGACUGACCACAAUCACAGGAACAUCGACUAAUCUGAUUUUUACUGAGCACUUCAAUUCACGUUACCCAGGUUGCCAGUGCAUCAAUUUUGGAUCCUGGUUUGUCCUUUCCAUCCCCAUUGCAGUUGUUAUUCUGCUGCUCUCCUGGCUCUGGCUCCAGUGGCUUUUCCUUGGGUUUGAUUUAAAAAACAUGUUCAAGUGUGGCAAGAAGAAAACAGCUAGAGAAGAGGCCUCAUCACAGGUGAUUCAGGAGGAGUACAAGAAACUUGGACCAAUUAGCUACCCAGAAAUUGUUACACUUGUCCUGUUCAUUCUAAUGACCCUCCUGUGGUUCACCAGAGAUCCUGGCUUCAUCCCAGGAUGGUCUUCACUUUUCCCAAAAUAUAAAAGCUAUAUUACGGAUUCAACAGCUGCCUUAGUGAUAGGCCUCCUGUUCUUUAUUAUUCCAGCAAAAACAUUGCAUAGGACAUCAAAUGGAGAAAACACUGUUUCUGGUUACAUUCCACUGAUUACUUGGAAGGAAUUUCAGUCAUGCAUGCCCUGGGAAAUAGCUAUUCUUGUUGGUGGCGGGUUUGCACUGGCAGACGGCUGCGAGGUUUCAAAACUUUCUGAGUGGGUAGCAAGUAAAUUGACACCUCUAGGAUCAUUACCCUUGUGGCUGAUUAUCCUGAUAUCCUGCCUUAUUGUCACUACAGUAACAGAAGUAGCUAGCAAUCCAGCUACCAUUACGAUCUUUUUGCCCAUACUAUCUCCUUUGGCUGAAGCCAUUCAUGUGAACCCACUCUUCAUUUUGAUACCUGCUACCUUGUGUACUUCCUUUGCAUUCCUGCUUCCUGUAGCAAACCCAGCCAAUGCCAUCGUGUUUUCAUAUGGUCAUUUAACUAUUAUGGACAUGGUGAAAGCUGGCUUGGGCAUUAACAUCAUCGGAGUUGCUGUAGUUAUGCUUGGGAUCAUGACAUGGAUAGUGCCUAUAUUUGAUCUCUAUACUUACCCAAGUUGGGUACCCAGCAUCCCAUCUACAAAUGGCACUGGGCUGUAAAAAAGAAGUUUCCUUUUAUUUUCUCACAUGUGAUAUAUCUCCUUGAGGAAUGAAACCAUAAGACAGCGCUGAAGAUUUAACAGUCAAUCUGUCAACCAAGUGAAUCUUC